AUGCUUCGUCGCAAUCUAUCCACCGAGCACUACUUUCAGAAGUGCUGGCUAACGAUUCAACAGUCCCUAGGGAUAACUUCACCAAGCUUUUCUGGGCAAGAGUCAGUAGUAUUUCGUCGGGGAUCUUGGAAAGUCGCAAAACUUGUUGAACCUACAGUGAACGGGCGUUUCUUAUCAAACUUUACAUCGUUGCAGGCUUGCAUCGUUGCAGUUAUAAUUCGUCGCAUCUCAUCUUUAUACUGAAUUGAAGAACUUCGAAAUGUCUGCGAACGCAACGGAAAAGGUUGAAGGUGAUCAAUCGAAGGUUGAGAGCGGUCAUCAUCUUGAAGUUUUUGACAGAGUUUGCAACAUGCCCAUGGUACAAUCUGCGAUCGAAAAAACGGGCUCAACUUAUACCUACGUCAAAGAAUCAAGCGACCUUUUGAACUGGGCCCUAGGCUACGCGGAAUCUGGACUACAAUAUGCUUCAGCAACCGCAGCGCCGAUUGCAACACCUCUUGUGAAAAAAUUUGAAAAACCAAUAAACGCCGUAGAUCAAACUCUUUGUAAGGGACUCGAUAUAGUCGAGCAAAAGGUUUCUAACGUCAGGGAAUCGGCGGCCCACCAACCACAACAGAUAUUUUUUUCGCAGAUCGCUGAAGCGGCUAAGGCAGUCCUGAGCAGCUCUUUAACACCGGCUCUCGAAAAGCUAACCGCAGCUAAGGAUUCGGCUACCCAACAAGCCUCAUCGCUCAAAGAAUCGGCUCUGACGAAGGCAAACGAACUUCUUGACACACAAUUUGGUAACAUGGCAGUCCAAGGCGUCGACAACACCAGCCAAGUGGUGAACCGACUUUUGGAUCAAUAUUUUCCCGAAGUUACCGGUGUUGAGCAUGUGGUACCAGCUCCGAUUUCGGCCGAAGAAAAUAAGGUUCUCCAUACUGUGCAGACCGUCGGGCAGCUAUCAACAAAGACAGCUAGAAGAGUAUACCAUUCGAUUUCAGCUCAACUGAAGACAAUAAAGAAAGAAGAUGUUACCGCAUAUAUGAACAGUGCAAUGUCGAUCCUUCACCUCACAAAGCUUCUGGGUACCGACAAAGAAGAUGGCGAAAACGCCAGCAGUCCUGCGGAAGAGAAGGUGGAUGACGAAACGGAAAAUAAGGAAAAGAAAUAGUUAAUCAAAUAGGUUUAAUUGUUUGGUCGUGAGUAUACCGAGCAACAGCCUAUCACAUCGUAUUAGAAUAUGUUAUAAUCGUAUGUUGUAUGAUGGUUGUUUAGAUAUUUAGAUUUUCACAGUGUCCUGCCAUGACUGAUAACAUAUAACGCACAUCGAUUUGUGACCAGGGCCGAUAGAUGACUGUGUAAAAUCUUUUUCCUAAAUGUUUAUACUUAUUUUUAAAGAACAAAAAACGAUUUAAGAAGCUAUAUAUAGUAUUUUACGUAAUGAAAUUUUUUACUCGUAUCAAUUCUCGUAUUGAGAAAGAACUUAUUCUUGUACGUGUAUAUGCCUCGUCGGAAGUUAAGGAAAUAUCGAGUGAUUUAAUUGUGCUAUAAUUAUUCUAAGCGAAUUUUUCGCUCGAUGCAUAAAUCGUUAAAUUUGCUACAUUUUUGUACAAACAAUAUUGAAAUGUUUAUAAUAUCAUGUAAAUUGAUUAGAUGUAUAAAAAUAUAUGUACUUUUUUUAAAACAUA